GACCGCGGCCCGCAGCCGCCUCCCGGCGUGCGGGGCCGGGCGCUGUCCAAGGUGCUGAGCCGUGCGGGACCAGGCGGUGUCCGAGGUACCGAGCAGUGCGGAGCAGGGCGCUGUCCGAGGUGCUGAGCCGCGCCGUGCCUGUGCAGCACAAUGGUGUUCGCUCCAGGUGAGAAGCCAGGAACAGAGCAAGACGAAGUUAAGCUGCAGAACGCCAGCAAGCAGAUUGUGCAGACUGCUAUCCUUCGAGCACUACAGCAAGUUUCCCAGGAGACCCAGCAAAAGGAGAAGAGAACAAACAGCAGUACAAGCCUCCAACUAGAAAGAGGGAAAUUAACCAAGAAGCAUGAAAAGAAGUAAAGGAGCGGGUUGUUUUCUUCGGUCUGCGGUGUUUUCAGCCUUCUCUUUAGUAUUGGCUGUAUUGCUAGUGCAAUUAUACUACUGUAAAGCAAACCAAAGUAUAAUCACACCUAGACAUAGGGUAAAGAUGCAAUAGUCCUCAGCUGAGAAAUAUUAAGUGCAUUAGAUAACUAACUCCAUAUUUAUGCAGUGCCUCUUAACAGAAACAAUAACCAUAGCUAUAACAUUAGUUUCAGGCACAAGCUCUUAUGAUAUGAACUUACUCUCAAAAGCUUGUUGUCAGUGCACUUCCAUGUAAGUUCUGCGUGCAACAUUUAUGUCAGUUCAGCUGGACGGAUUCUUCUCUGAGUUUCUGGGCUCUCUGAAGCUGUCUUCACUGAAGAAAUAGUUUACUGUUGAGUGUAGCAGAAUGCUUUCAGGCUGCCUUGAAGCGUGAGUUUGUACUUUGCUUUGAUUAAAAAUGGAGUAUGUGAAAUAGCAGUAUGAAAUGGAUUUGGUAGAUUUUUUUCAUCUUGGGGGGAAAGAAAACCAAUCCAACAAGACUGCAGUGACUGUGUUCUAUGACUAUGAUCAUAGACCUAUGAUCUAUGUAUUUUUUUAAAAGGAGUUUUAAAAAAGCACUGAAGUUAUAGUCUACUUGUUUGAAAUACUUCUAUACUUCUGCAUAAAAAUCACUUGUGCCUCAACUAUUCCUUUUAAUUUUCUUGACUGAAAGAAGAGGAAUUGGUGUGCUGAUACGGAGUUUACUAGUUUUUCAUUCAGUUUUGCAGCUUUAGUGGGCCUUGAUUUACAGAAAGUGAAGAACUGGAGUGGCUUUAAAAAAAGUAUUUGAAUUUAUUAAUAUCUUGAAGGACAGAAAUAUACUGUGUCUGAAUUAUGUCAUGAACAUAAAGUAACUAGAUAUUUGCAGUUGUUACAUAGAUUCACCUUAAACAGCACUGCUUUAAGCU